GGCUGGGACACACGUCACCUCGGGAGGCCCAAGUGGUCAAAUAGCUUCCUUCCUUCGGCCCUUCAAUGGCGUCGUCGCCACUCAAAUCCCUGCACUUGCACAGCAUCACCGCAGCGACCGGGAGGCUCAGAUUCCUCAGCUUUCGGGACCAUCCUAAUCCUACAAGUCUUCCUGCUGCUGAAGGUGAAGGUGAAGGGCAGAGAAUAUUCGGGACGGGAGUUGGACUCGGAUGGUGGCAGUGCCACAACAGCAGCAAUAAAGAUGGUGCUGGUCCUCUUCUCAGAUUCCCCCGCCUCCCUCGCGAUCACACUUGUCAUCCUCUUCCUCCUCUUCCGCUUCGCCUUCAAGUUCUUCCUCCUCCUCUUCGUCUUCAUCUUCUGCACCAACUUCGUACUCAUCGUCCGCUGACCAUGGCCUCCUCCGUCUCCCCCGAUUCCUCUCACCCCUCUCCCCCUGUCAAAACGGUGAGGGCUGUGAUAAACGGUCGGGUGCAGGGUGUGUUCUACAGGAAUUGGACCGUGGAGAACGCUUCUCAACUGGGGUUAUAUGGUUGGGUGAGGAACAGGAGGGACGGAUCAGUCGAGGCCCUGUUCUCGGGGAAGCCCGAGCUAGUCGAUGAAAUGGAGCAAAGGUGUCGACGGGGCCCACCAGAUGCAAUGGUUACGUCCCUGCAGGUCUUCCCUUGCAAUGAUGAUCCUGGCACUGGAUUCCAGCGCAAGCCCACGGUUUGAUUGAGAUUAGAAUGGCUAGACAGAGUGCUUUCCUAUGGUAGUUAGAUUCAAUUGCAUCUAUAUAUCUCCUGCUAAUAAUACUUACUCCUGCUCGAGGCUAUAGACAGAUGAGAUCUGGAGACUCAUGUGGACGGUUUUGUAAUGUGAUGAUCACUUUCUUAAUACAUGAUAUGUGCAGUCAUUUUAUUUUUCAAUCAUUUUACAAUGAUAUUUUGCCUCUAUGGCAUAAAAUUUUGAUGAGAA